AAUUCUGCAAGUGGUUCUGAUUUACUGUCGCUGUUCUCUAGCCGGUCUAAAACCACUUUUGACCUAAAGGGACGCUUUUUGGACGCCAUGGACGUUUCUCAGUUUCCAGGCAGAAAGAACAGUAAAAAUGCAGGCAGGGCACAGGACAAAGCACUCGGGACAAAAUGUAUGUGAAAUGGUUUGAUACAUGAAUGUCACUUUUUGUCAUUUUCAAAGUUCCCACCGUUCCGUCCCCCGUAUGUCCCGACGCUCGCAGGGGACGGAACCCAGAAGACAGAUGCCGGCAUCCGCCGGAGGACAUUACAGGGGAAACUGCAGGAGGGACAU